CAGUAUGGAGGUGCGAUCGCCGCUCGAUACGAUUUUCAACGUGAUAGGAGGGCUACCGAGAGGUCACGAUAAACCCGUAAAACAAGCUUUGUACAAUGCGGUGGCCUUAUUAUUAUUAUUCCUAUGCAGCGCUGCUACAUUUGGCCUGUACGUUAUCUUGCAGCCUUUCGUCAAACCUUUGAUGUGGUCCGUGCUGGUGGGUUCUGCACUGCAUCCACUGAAACGUUCGCUACGGGACAAAUUUCAAGACUGGUUCUCUAAUCUUGAUGAAACUAACACACCGGCGAUAUUCGGCGUGGUGCUGCUACCUCUGAACAUUUUCAACGAAGUGUCCGAAUGUGUCGGCCAGUUUUUAUAUUACAGGUUUAAGUUGAUUGCGAUCGUGUUCGUGUUAAUUAUUAUUAGUGUUUUGCUCUAUUUCUUUGUGCCAAGUGUAGUCUUGUCAAUAACAUGGAGCCUUAUUUGCUGGACGUAUCGAUUCCUUAAUUUCUUCAUCGAUUCCGCUCAUAUAUCUAUCGUUUUAAUUACAAUCAUCGGUUACACAACACUUGUCGUUUUCGUAUGGAAGCCUGAAAACAAUAUAAUAUUCCAUUAUACGUCAUUGGUAGUGUGGUUUUUGGUGAUGUGCAGCUUUGCCCGCGCGUUUGGGAGCUUUCAAAUGCCCAUAUUUAUUUUGCUGCAAGUUGUUUUCUUUGGCGGUUUCAUCUCGGAAAUUUACGAAGUUUACACCUACAUGAAUGGAACAGGACACUCUAUAUCCUUAACGGAUCUCUUGUUGAACGUUUUUCACAAUAAACCUUUAGAGCUCGACGUUAGCGAGGAAGACACAUCAGAAAUUAACAACGAAGAUAAAGCCCAGAAGUCUGAAGUAUCGAAACCGAUUUUAUCGCCAAAAUCUCGGAAAGAUGCUCCAGAAUCUAUUAAAAAAGAAGAUCCCCAGGCCUUGAAAUCUGUUAGAAAAGAAGAAGAUCCAUGGACUUUGGAACUUUUUAGGGACGAACUGAAGAAUAGAACGACAAUUGAUGCCAAGCAAAUAAGGUUUUCACUCAUGAAUGAAACGAAACCGAAAGAGAAGCCCAUGUUUCAGAGGUCCAUAUCUCAGCCGUAUUUCCAUAGUGGACGCUUGCGCAGGUCAAAUCUCAUCAGCUUAAGGAAGAAGAUCGUCGUGAUGGAACCAGAGGAAGCCUAUGAAAGCACUUUUUAUCUCUACUCUGUGUUUUGGGCAUGCGUUGCCAUGUUUUUCUGGAAGAACGUGAUGUUUCUGCCAUUACUGCUAAUACCUAUACUUUACUAUGUGGCCAAACAUUUUGGAAUAUAUUUAGGAGUUUGGAUGUACCUGUCGGAUAAAUUUUCAUGCCUGGUUCAAGUUAUUUCUGAUUGGUGUGACGAAAGGCAUGACGCCCUGGUUCCUGUGCCGGUCAGGGGCCUGUACAAGGUCGUCGAGAAGGUCAACGCUACUGUUAAGAGCAGUUUGAAAAGCAGUAUUGAUACUGUUGCCAGCUGUGUAGUCAUGUUCGGCAUCAUUGUGUUUGUGAUAUCCGCGUCCAUAUUUAUUUUUAUUCAGAUAUACGCGGAGACGAUAAUGCUCAUACAGUUGACGGGCAACGCAAUCAACCAAACGGUAGUCCAUAAUCCCGAGUUACGUCAAUUGCUGCCGCCAUCUUUGGAUGACACGUUGGAUUCAGUUUUGGAAAACGCCUAUCAAUAUGGACGGGAGGGCAUUUCGAAGGCGGUCAAGAGUGUCAUGAGCGACGUCGAUUCGACCAAAUCGGCAAAAAUCGAGCAACAGGUGCUUGAACUGUGGGACAGGGCUUACCAAUCUUGGAUGUCAUCGGACGACAUCAACGGUCCGAAAGUUACCGACGAUGCGGUGGCGAGUUCCUGGGAAGCAUUCGUCAGGGAUGUUCAAAAAUCGCCUGAGAUAUUCAAUAUAAACGGCUUGUUCGACUUCGCGAAACAAAACGUAGGCACCCUGCUCGCCUUGCUCGAAUCUGUCUGGGGCAUCGUGGUCAAUAACAUUAGCCUAAUCGUCAGCUCUUUCAGUACCUGCCUGUCGAUCUUGCUCGGUGGAGGGACCGCCGUAUUAAAUUUCAUCUUAAACAUGAUCGUAUUCCUCACAACCCUGUUUUACUUGUUGAAUUCGAGCUGCGACAUUUACAAGCCUGUCGAGCUGCUAACGAAGUUCUCGGCCAGCGGUCGGAGAUUCGGGCACGCCUUGGAAGGCGCCAUAUACAGCGUGUUCUCGGCUUCGUUCAAAAUGGCGUUGUUCUACGGCCUCUGGACCUGGUUCAUCCACAAUUUGUUCGGCGUCAAGAUUGUUUACUUACCAUCGGCGUUCGCCACCAUUCUGGGCGCCAUCCCAUUCCUCGGCACUUACUGGGCAUGCGUGCCGGCCGUACUGGACCUUUGGCUCGCCCAAGACCGGUGGCUUUCUGCCAUUUUGUUCGCUGGUGUUCAGUUUUUACCGACGUCCGUUGUCGACACCUCAAUUUACAGCGAAAUUAAGGGGGGUCACCCGUAUUUGACGGGCCUUGCGAUAGCAGGGGGCAUAUUUUGUUUGGGCGUCGAAGGGGCAAUAAUCGGUCCUCUAUUGCUUUGCGGGCUCUACGUUGCGAUAGAUCUGUCUUCGACCAUUUUCAAGGAAUCGCCGGUAGAUGAAAAUGUUCACCUGAGCGUCUCCCGAUGAGUCGGAAGUAAAUUGGAGGAGUUUCAUCUCAAAGAAGUUAGUUUAAGUUAUAACAAUUAUAUUUUCACUUCGUUUGUUGUUUUUCUACGUGUUGUCUCUAAAAGAAAUUUCAUUUUCAACAAAUUUGUAACAAAGAUACUUAAAACUUUCUUUUACGUGAAUCAAAUGUAAAUUAAAGGAAACAGCAACAUAGCAAAAGUCAAUGAAAACCCGAGAACAAGCAGCAUCUUUCUUUGUGUCAGCUUUAGAGUGUGAUAUGCUCCGCGGGGUCGCCAAUUUUUUAAUAUUUCUAAGUUGGUUGUUAAAUUAGAAUGUUGCGAAGCGCUUGAAAUUUAAACGGGUGUAUGAUAUAGCUCCUGGUAAAUGUUUGCGAUUUUUUUGUUGCGCAUAUAAGAGUUUGUUGUUUUUAUAUUAAUCAAGUUGUUUUUUAAUUGCAAUUAAAUUAU